AUGGGGAAGGUAUCUGAAUCUGCUUCCACCGGGACAGGAACGAAAUUCAAAGAGGACCAGGAGCUGAAAUGGAUGCUAAGAUGUGUAAAGAAAUUCCCAGGUGCAUUUCUCCACUGGAUAUGGGGGAGUAAAGUCUUCAUCCAGGUCUAUGACCCUGAGUACAUGAAAGUGAUUCUGGGGAGAGCAGACCCAAAGGCUGACAUCUACAGAUUCUUGAUCCCUUGGCUUGGACGUGGUUUGUUCCUUAUGAAUGGACAUAAGUGGUUCCAGCAUCGUCAGAUGUUGACACCAGCGUUCCACUAUGACAUCAUCAAGUCCUAUGUGGAGAUUAUGGCAGACUCUGUGCAAGUGAUGCUGGACAAAUGGGAGCAGAUUGCUUGCCAAGACACCACUCUAGAGAUCUUUCACCCUGUCUCCUUGAUGACGUUGGACACUAUCAUGAAGUGUGCCUUCAGUUACCAGGGCAGUGUCCAAUUGGACAGGAGUUCUCAGUCCUACCUCCAGGCUGUUAGUGAACUGAGCAACCUACUGACUUCCCGUAUGAAGAAUGUCUUCCUCCAUAAUGACAUUAUCUACAAUCUGACUUCCCACGGCCGAAGGACCAACUCUGCCUGUCAGAUUGCCCAUAAAUACACAGACCGAGUUGUCAAGCUGAGGAAGGCUCAGCUGCAGGACAAGGAAUCAAUGGAGAAGCUCAGAGGAAAGAGAUUUUUGGAUUUCCUGGACAUCCUUCUAUUAUCCAGAAUGGACGAUGGGAGCAGCUUGUCUGAUAAAGAAUUGCAUGCUGAGGUAGACUCAGUCAUGUUUGGGGGUCAUGACACACCAGCCAGUGGGAUCUCCUGGGUCUUCUAUGCUUUGGCUACACAUCCUGACCACCAGCAGAGAUGCAGAGAGGAGGUACAGAGCAUCCUGGGGGAUGGAUCCCCCAUCACAUGGGGCCACCUGCACCAGAUGACUUACACUACCAUGUGCAUCAAGGAGGCCAUAAGGAUCUACCCACCAGUACCAUUUGUUGGCAGAAAGCUCGACACACCUGUCACCUUCCCCGAUGGACGCUCCUUACCUAAAGGUAUCACAGUUCUGCUCCACUUUUAUGGCCUUCACCACAACCCAAAAGUGUGGCCAAAUCCAGAGGUGUUUGAUCCUUCCCGGUUUGCAAUGGAUUCUGCCCAACACAGCCAUGCUUUCCUGCCCUUCUCAGGAGGAUCAAGGAGCUGCCUUGGGAGGCAAUUUGCCAUGAAUGCACUGAAGGUCGCUGUGGCCCUGACCUUGCUCCGAUUUGAACUACUGCCAGAUCCCACCAGGGUCCCCAUCCCUAUUCAACAACUCGUGUUAAAGUCCAUGAAUGGGAUCCACCUGCAUCUCAGGAAGCUCCAGUAGUGCUACUGGGGACAAUGACUGAGUCCAAGUGCCUGCUGCCUACGGUUCUGUCUCUGCACUGCCUGACUUUGUGCUUCUUGCUUCUAUCAGCCCAUCUGCCUCUCUUCUUACCUGUCUGCUGGGGAGUCACCAGGCCUCCUGUUUCUCUGUCCUUUUCUCUGCCACAUCCCUCUUGGCUCCCCAACAGUUUGUCUGUCUGUGUGCCCUAACGAUGGCCUGCCUGCCUCUCUACCUGACUUUCGCCUUCCUCUUAUUUGUCUCUGCCUUGUUUCGACUUCCUUCUUUGCUCUCUUGAACUAAUGCAUUUCUAUGGCUUAAACAAAACAGAUUUAUAGUUACACUUCUGUGGGGUAGGUGUGACAGAUACUCUCCCUGAGUGAAAAAUCAAACCUCACACAAGCUCUAAUCUUUCAGCUCUGAAGCCACCUCAAGGUGCCUAGUAGUGAUAAAUCCCACCAUGAUUAUCAAGAUCCAUCUCUUAGAAUUGACAUAAACCAACUGUGGACAUUAUCCACAGCUAAAAUACCUUCAACAGCAUAGAAGGAUUAUUUUAAUGAAUGACCAAUUAAAUCAGCCCAGACAUUCUGAACUUCAAAGUAAAAAUCACAUUCUCUGCUUCUCUAGUUGGCAAGUAGCAUCAUCCCCUUGAACCUACUUAAAUAAAA